AUGAACAGAGACCGGCAAGCAGAGCCCAGCAGGGGUCUAAUCCGGCGGUUUAGCGAUGAUGUCUCGCAAUCCUCGCCGUGUAAACCCCUUAAUCGUGCUCUGGCGGCCAAGGUGGCCUUCGAUCGCAAUCGAGAGCGAUCCGGGUCAUUACGAGACGAAUGGGACCAGCUUCUGUCGGAAGGUCGGGAGCUGGCCGAUCGCUCCGUCCCUGACGAAGAAGCCGUUCUAUUCCACCAGAGCCAGCGACUUCACACGGCGUGGAGCAAAUUUCAACGCAAUCUCCCCGAGGACCAACUGAUGCAACUCAGGGACCAUGAAAGGCCUGACAUAAAUUUCCUAAUGGCCACUGUAAAGAAAGCAUCGGCGACAUGGCAGUCGGAUCGAGAAGAAAGCACAUUGGGCAAAGUCAAAUCCAAAUUCCGCGGCCUCUGCGAGACCUGCCACGAUCACAGUUCGCUGCUGGCAAUGAUUCCCAAGGAUGAAAAGUACGUCACCUUGCUAACAGGGUCUCUAUCUGCCAUCGUGCAGGCUACAAUCAACCACCAAAAUAUCGCCGAGGGGGUGGCCGAUACCCUGGACGAUCUGGGCCAUGAUAUCGAUUUCUGGAACCGGCAGAUGAGGGAGCAUGGCAACAUUCCCGCCCUUCGCCGAUAUAUCCAGGAGCUUUAUGUCAUUGUUUUCGAGUUCUUUACUGAGAUAUUCAACAAAUGGUCAAAGUCCAGCUGGAAACGCUUCCUCACCAGUUUUGAUGAGGGCGCUUUCAACAAGCUUUUCACGUCCAAGAAAAGUCGACUGUUGGCCAUCGAGCACCGUAUGGAACGUGAUAUCAACCUUGAUUUUCGCCACCGUACCAUGACGAGUCUGGAGAGGGUCAUUCAAUAUCAGGAAAAGCUCUUCAAUUUUUUACCGGACAGACUCGCCGAGCAAAGAUUAUUACUCGGCGAAUCCCUUCAAAUGUUUCUAGAGCAACAACAAUCAUUCCAUCUGGAAUCACACCAGUCAGUCUCCGCCACCAGUAUAACUGAAAACGCGUCGACAUCAAUGUCCCCUGCUUCUACCAGUGCCGACAGUGUCCUCCGACUCCCGGAACCCGAGAUUAACCCUGUCCGACGAGCACACUUCCGGUACAACCGCACAGAGAUCCAGGCAGAGCUGACCAUCUUCACAACUCAGUGGAAGAACCAGGUUGAUCACUUGAUUCAGGCUGCCACUCAGUCAUCGCUUCUUCGCCUGGAUAAGGAGGUACAUUAUCGCCUAAUGACAUGGCUACGAGACCUCAACUCGACCAAUGUCUGGAUCCGAGGCCCUCACGACGUGUCACGGCCCAGCCAAAACUCCAUGACCGCAGUGUCUAUGGCGGCACUGGCGCGGACCCACAACAUCCCCUGUAUCAUCUACUUUUGCACGUUCACAGACCAUUAUGACUCCAUAAUAUCAAAGAAAGCCGACAUAGGGUUCUUCCUCGCCUCCAUCGUGACUCAGCUCGUGCAGUUCAUUCCCGAUAAAGGUUAUACCGAGGCGGAUCUAUCUUCUGCUCGCUUUGCCGCCCUGGAGCAGGGCGCUUUGGGUGUUGAGGAGACGCUCCAACUAAUACGCGAUGUGCGGAGUGUUGGUCCGAAGCUAGUGUAUGGCUUCAUAGAUAACCUUCAGGUUCUGGAAGAUCGAUCCAACGAAGCCUAUACUGGAGAUUUCUUGAGGGCCAUCAUGACACUGUGUAGGCUGGAUCGCGGGAGUCAGUCCCCAGGAAGUGUCGUAACAACGAAUGAAAAAGACGCAAUUCCGGGGACAAAGAUUUGCUUCACUACAGAUGGAUACGUGGAUGGUCUGGCGCAGGCUGCCGAGCUGCAGUUGGCCGAUAGGAUUGAGUAUGACCUUGAGACGACUGACCCUAUGAGUGGGGAGGUCGGUGGACCAAUUGUAUGGGAUAUGAAUGGAAAGGAUAACACCACUCUAUAG